GCCGGACCUGAGCGCGGCGCGCACGGCCCCGGCCCGGCCCCGGGCUGCCCGCGCUCCGCACGGCCCGGCGCCGCCCAGCAGCCGCAGCAGGGCGCCAGGGGCGGCGGCGCCGGUGCCCGGGAGCCCCCCGCCAUGCCGCGCCGUUCCUAAGCCCGCAGCCCCGACGCGGCCGCCCCGUCGAAGUUUGGGGAAGGUGGGGGGGAGGGGGGGGGAGAGGCGGCGCGGCCGCAUGCCUGCCGCGGAUCCCGGCGCUCGGCGCGACCAGGUCCUGCUAGCAAGUCAUGAUGGUUGAAUCCGCCUCGGAGACGAUACGGUCCACUCCCUCCGGCCAAAACGGGGUCAGCAGUCUCAGCAACCAGCCCGAUGGCGGCGGGGGCGGCGCAGGCGGCGGCGGAGGGGGUGGAGGGCGCGAAGGAGCCGCGAGCGGGGAGACCAACGGCGAGAUGAGCCCCGUGGAGCUCCUGCACUUCCAGCAGCAGCAGGCUCUCCAGGUGGCACGCCAGUUCCUGCUGCAGCAGGCCACGGGGCUGAGCUCCCCCAGCAGCAAUGAGGGCAAGCAGCCGGCGGUGCAGGUCCCCGUGUCCGUGGCCAUGAUGUCCCCGCAGAUGAUCACGCCGCAGCAAAUGCAGCAGAUCCUCUCGCCGCCCCAGCUCCAGGCCCUCCUGCAGCAGCAGCAGGCGAUAAUGCUGCAACAGUUGCAGGAAUACUACAAGAAGCAACAGGAGCAGCUUCACCUGCAGCUAUUGACACAGCAGCAAGCCGGAAAGCAGCAACCCAAAGAGCCGUUAGGGAACAAGCAGCUGGCCUUCCAGCAGCAGCUCCUGCAGAUGCAGCAGCUCCAGCAGCAGCACCUGUUAAACCUGCAGCGCCAGGGGCUGGUGAGCCUCCCGCCAGGGCAGGGCACCGUGCCCCUGCAGACCCUGCCCCAAGCUGUGUGCCCCUCGGACCUCCAGCAGCUCUGGAAGGAGGUCACAGCCGCCCAGCCCGUUGAGGACAGCAUUAAGCAAGAAGGUCUCGACCUCACCACCAACACCUCCAACUCUACCUCGUUUUCGGCCGCCAAGGUCUCGCCUCCCAUUUCCCAUCACCCUCUGCCCAAUGGACAGAGCACCAUGCACACGCCGAGAAGGGACAGCUCUUCCCACGAAGAGACCCCCAGCUCCCACCCGCUCUACGGCCACGGAGAGUGCAAGUGGCCCGGCUGCGAAACCCUCUGUGAGGACUUGGGACAGUUUGUCAAACACCUCAAUACCGAACAUGCACUUGAUGACCGAAGCACGGCCCAGUGUCGAGUCCAGAUGCAAGUGGUACAGCAGCUGGAAAUACAGCUGGCAAAGGAGAGCGAGCGUCUCCAAGCAAUGAUGGCCCAUCUUCACAUGAGACCUUCAGAGCCAAAGCCUUUCAGCCAACCUCUGAACCUGGUCUCCAGUGCCACCCUCUCCAAGAGCACUUCCGACACGUUCCCCGAUGGCUUACCUCAUCCCCCCACCUCCGCCACGGCACCCAUCACCCCCCUGCGGCAGGGCCCCUCCGUCAUCAGCUCUUCCACUUUACACAACGUGGGGCCCAUCCGCAGGAGAAACUCGGAGAAGUUCUGCACCCCAAUAUCUUCAGAACUUGCACAGAAUCACGAGUUUUACAAAAACGCGGAUGUCCGGCCGCCCUUCACGUACGCCUCGCUCAUCCGGCAGGCCAUCCUGGAGACCCCCGACAGGCAGCUAACGUUGAACGAAAUCUAUAACUGGUUCACGCGGAUGUUUGCCUACUUCCGGAGGAACACGGCCACCUGGAAGAACGCUGUCCGCCACAACCUGAGCCUGCACAAGUGCUUCGUGCGCGUGGAGAACGUCAAGGGAGCCGUCUGGACUGUGGACGAGCACGAGUACCAAAAGCGAAGGCCACCAAAGAUGACAGGGAGUCCAACUUUAGUCAAAAACAUGAUUUCAGGACUCGGUUACGGAGCACUUAAUGCAAGUUACCAGGCUGCGCUGGCGGAGAGCAGCUUCCCGCUGCUGAACAGCCCCACCAUGAUCAACACCAGCUCCGCCGGCGGCAUGCUGCACGUGGGCCACGACGACGUCAGCAGCACCGUGGAGCAGGUCAACAGCAACGGCAGCAACAGCCCCCGCCUGUCCCCGCAGCAGUACAGCCAUCCAGUGCACGUGAAGGAGGAACCAGCCGAGGCAGAGGACGACAGCAGACCCGUCUCGCUGAUGGCCACCACCAACCAGAAUGUGACGAUUCCCGACGACAGGGACCUGGAGGAGGAGCUGCCGGUGGAAGACUUGUCCUAAGGACCCCUUCCUCCUCCCCACCGAGGGGCAAUCCCUUCCCACCCUCCUGGCCAGAGACCAAGCGACGGCUCCCACCUCCCCAAGGUGACCUUCGGCGUUAACCUGUUUCUUAAAGGCACUUCCACGAAGCAAAAGGGUUUCCUUGGUGCAACAACCUGUUGCCGACGGCGUGUCCCUCCCGCUCCCCACUGCCCCACGCCGCGGCCCCGGUGACUGACCGACCCCUGCCGUGGGGUACAUCCUGCGACACGAGAAGCAAAAACCCGAGAGCUGGACUUUUUCUCCCCUCCUCCCUUGGUUAGUGACUGGUGAACGAGGAUGGUAGGUUGUUUCUGUCCGAAAUGGUCCCUCCUUCCUUCCCUGUGCGCAGCAGGCGUGGGGAAGGCACCUCCGUCCCCUCUUCCCCUGCGGUGCUCUGCCGCCCGGCGAUGCUCGAGCCUCCACCAGCGACCACCCCGGGGAGGGAAGGCGAUGGCAGGAGCCCACCGUCAUCUCUCCUUCCCCCAGUGGGUUUUGCACUAGGAGGGACCGUGGACCCUGCCCACGAGCUGUUUCCACCCAGCUUUGGGGGAAGAAACAGCAGAAAUGGGGGCGAGUCCUCUGCCGUGGUCUGGACGUCAGGCUUGCAUCGUUGUCUCCUGGCUGGGGAAGGACGAGGACCGUCACGUCGGUGGGACUGGGUCACCUUCGCCUUGUCACCGCCGGCAGGUUGCUAACCCACCCGGCGAGCAGAACAGCCCACCCCGCGUUGGCUGCCCUCCCCGAGCCCCCCAGUCCCCACUGGUGGGGGGGCUGGUGGCAUCUAGCAGUGACGACCAUUCCCAGCCGCCCACCAGCGCCCGGCAGCAAGGACGCGGCUCCCCGCUUCCUUCUCGACAUCGGCUGCGGCGGGUGCCGCCUCUCCCAGCCCACGCGGGGCGGCCAGCGGCCUGGCUUUGACUUGCAGAGAAAGGUCCCCGGUCCCCCGCGCGCCCCGUUCCUCCGAAGCCGGGGCAGGGUCUCCGAGGACGGACAACGGCGCGGGGAGGCGGCACCCACCACCGCCGAGCCGCCUCCCCAGGGUGCUCGCAGAGGAGCUGGCGCAGGCAGAGCCCGGUGCUGAGCCACUGGUAGCAAAGCCGAGCCCGGUGAAACCCCAUGGCAGCCGAACCUGGCCGUGGCAGCCGAACCUGGCCGUGGCCGGCGAGCCGAGCCUGCUGGCGCCGGGGCUCCCGCUCUCUUCUUUUCUUUUCGUUAUCCUUUUGUGUGCGUGUGCAUCCAGAUGGGAAGAUACCAAAAGAUUUCUGGAGACAGAAGGUCCGUAGUUCAGGUGAACAGAUGGUAUUAAUGCCAAAAAGAAAAAAAGAAAUAUUAAUAAUAAUGAGAACAACACAACCAAACACCCCUCUUCUCCCUGCUCUUUCUUUCCGUGGUGGUGAUGUGGGUACCCAGCACCGGGCUCCUCCUGGCCGGCAGCCACAGCCUCCCCCGUGCCGGCCUCGGGGACCAGCACCGUCCCCAGCACGGCCGGGCUGGCGCUGGCGGUCCUGGCACGCAGCGGGGGCUUGGGGGACUUGCUGUGACGGACGUGGAGCUGCGUUCGUUUUUUGAGCCCAGCUCCGCGCUCUCCUGAAGCGCCCCUGAGCCUGCUCCGUCCCCCCCGUCCCUGGUACCUCAGGCCAAGAUGGUGGCGGUGGGGGCUGCGUCACUGCCCCAGCCCCGUGCCGGGGUCCUGGCGCUGGCACCCCGGGAGCUGCUUUUUGGGUUGAAAAUGCAACACGCAGCUGUGGGUCGUGGGGGGGUGUGCUUGUUUGUGCCCGUGCAUCGCCUCUGUGACAUCCUUAAGGGGUUCUCGGCCCUGUGACGCGUGUCCCUGGGGCCAGCUCACCCCAGCGCAGCCUUUUCGCUGCCUGUUGCGUCCUCGGUACCCAGGUGCUGCAGAGACGGGGGUGGCCCUGGCUCCCCCCUGCAGCCACCCGUGAGGCUGAGCAAAGCCCCCCCCACACCUUGUGUCACCCCAGCACCGUCCGGGGGAUGCCGAGACCCUCGGGGAGCAGCGGCUGCCCCGGGGGUGGGGGGGAAGGCGCAGCUCGGUGGGGGCUGUUAACGGGGGUCACCAGCAUCCCCCCCGGCUGGUGCUGCAGGGGGACCCUGUCCCCUCCCUAAAACCCCUGGAAAUCCUGCAAAACCUGCCCUCCCCAGUCCCGCGCGUGGGUGGCUGACGCGGUGCGUGGAUGCUGGCUGUGCCGUGCCAUGCCGUGCCGGCCUUCGCUAGGUGUCUCCACUCGACCCGUGUUUCUCCCCGCGCCGCAGCCUCGCUCGCUCCCUCGCUGCUGCCCGAGUAUCGUGGGGAGCAGGUUUGCCAGGCCGCCUGCCGCCCCUCGCCCCCGGCCUCUCCCGCCGGCUCCCACCAGGCUCUGCCGGACACCAAAGACCCUGCCCGGGUGGGGGGCACGAACCAAACCCCAUCUCUUGCAGCGUGGGUGCAGCCCAGUCGUGUCCCCCCGCCGAUACCUCCCACGAGGCCGGAGGCACCGCGUAUUUUCCCCACCUGCUUUCUUUUCUUGUUUGUUUUUUUUUCUUCUUUUUUUUCUUUUCAGUCUUUUGGUUUUAAGUUAUUGUUUUAAACAAGUUUACAGCUGCCGCGGGCGGGUGUUGCUGGGGGGGGGGGGGAGGCCGGCAUCGUGCACUGCCGCUUUACUUGUACGAAGGAGCGGGGAGGGACGGAUGGGGUGGGUGUUGGGGUGCAGCCCCCGGCCCCCCUCCUCCGCUGCUGCUCGGCCACGGUUCACCCUCGGCGGGGAAUCGCCUGCCUCCAUCCAGGCUUUGGGGUUUUUGGUUCCCAUCUCGCCGGCAGGAGGCAAUUGUGCCGCUUUAUGGCACCCGGCGUCACCCCCCCGUGCUGCUCCAGCGUGUCUGGGACACCCCAGUGCCCCUGGGGGGGAGCGACCCGGCCUCGUACUGGGAGCGACCUGGCCUCGUACUGGUGUAGUUUGUCCUUUCCGCGGCGGGGGGGAGGUUUUGCAGCCUGAUGCGCGCGGGCACGGCUGGUGCCGCAGGCGCUGGGGGGCUUGCGUGGCUGCGGGGAGAGCUGCACCGUGGGCGGUGGGUGCUGCUGGCCCCGGCUGCCCCCCGCGCUGCUGGGGGUGUUCUGCUGGCGGGUCCUUCCCCACAUCCACGGGGCUGCGAGCUCUGCGUGGGUCCAGACCCCCUCCCUGUUUCAGGGAGGUGUUUCAGUAGCUGCUCCCCUUCCUCUGCUCUUCCUGGGUCCUUUCCACCCGCCUUUUCCUCGCGCCCUCCGCAUUUAUUUUUUUAGCAGCUCUGCAGCCCCUGGUUUUUGCAUGCGGUUCAGCAAAACCCGAGGCGGUGCAGGCACGAAGCACGCCCGCCAUUGGCGAGCCCUCCAGCGCCCGCUGCGGUUCCUGCUCGGGGUGUGAUUUUUUUUUUUUUUUUAAGCUUUUCCAGAGGUACAGACAUCCCCGAAAUGCCUCCCAGGGCCAGGGCGAGCCGCGUGCCUCCACAUCCCCACAGGCCCAGCCAAAAUCCCCCCGUACGCCAUCACCCCCAGACCCUGCAAGGACAACCUGGCGCCUUCCCCCCCCGCGCCGUAUGUUCUAUAGGUCUUUAGCCGCCAUCCUGGCUCCAAAGAGCACUAUAUAUAUAUUAUAUAUAUAAAAAUAAAUAUAUAAAUAUAAAGGAGGGUUGUUUUUUUUUUUCUUUAAACACAUGCACAGGUUUGGAAAGUCCUGUGGCUCCAGGUGAUGCCUCUUCCCCGGCCAUUGCUGAAACGGGAAUCACGGCGGGUGAUUUCACGGGAAACAUGCCCAGUUUGAUACUCAGGGGUAAAUUUAAUUAAUUUUCUUACCCCCCACCCGGCCCGGCCGCCUCUGCGGGGUCCCAUCCGCACCCAGGUACCGUGUCCCCUCCCAGCCUCACCCGCGCCCACCCCCCUCGCCCCUCUGGUUUAUUUUUUGCUGGUUUGAAUUUUACAAAAUUCUGCGUGUCUUACCUCAAACACACGCCGGAGGCAGGGAGGGGGGAGGAGGAAGGAUAAAGGACCAAACGCAAUGUGUGGCAGAAUUGUAUGUCUGUAUAUAUUGAGAUAUAUAUAUACUGGGUUUAAACCUACCAACACGAAUUGUUCCUUUUGGUUUUUUUCUGGAUUUUUUGUUUUUGUUUUAUUUCCUGUUUCUUUUCCCCCCUGGGGCCGUUCUGCAAGGGGAAGGCACGGGCACCUCUCUGGAAGUAAAGGCAUUUUUCUGGUAUCUCCCACUGAAGGCAUUAGUUUUCCAUGGUUUGUUUUUGGUUUUUUUUUUUUUCCCCAAAAUUUUAUUAUUUCCCGAAUAGCUAGAAUGAGUAGAGCUGGAGGGGGGGUGUUGGAAACCAGUGCUCGGAGGGAAGGGGUGCUGGUAGCACUGGGGGGCUGCUGGGGAGGCCAGCGGAGGCAAAGGGAAAGCAGCCGCCGAACCUGCGCUAAACCAAAGGGUUUCUUUGCUUUGUUUACAUGCCUGGCCAGCCUCGCUGCCCGAGGAUCUCCCUGGAUCUAGGUUUUUGUCCUGGAAGCAUUGGGGAAGGUAGGGACAGGCCAGCGCCGGGGGCUUGGGGACCCUCGGCUCCCCGGCACUGGUGGCCUCGGAGCUGCCGGCGGUGGCCGGGGGGGAGCCCCGGUGGGUGCCCGGGCCAGGGGCGUCCCCGUCCCUGGCUGCUCCGGGACCGUGGGCUGGGAAGCGCCAGCCCUGCCACAACCUUUUUCCUUUUUUUCCCCCCCUUUUUAUUUUUUUUCCAUCCUCUUUGGCGCUGGGUGGGAAGGGGAUGCUGGGGAGGUGGGACGAGGUCCGAGGGGGCCGGAGGGUGGAGGGGAGGGAGGAUGUGUAUAGUGACCCUUUCUCUCCCGCCGCUGCCUUCGCUGCCACAUCCCUCGUGCUGUAUAAAGGAAAUAGCAUUGCUGUGUAUUUGUACUCUGAACUUCCGUGUGUCUGCUUUGGCAGACGGUAAACCCUUGUACAGUAGAUCUAGCUGCAUGUAAUCUGUAUGGACAAUGGCAUUAUAAAAUGCAAUAAAAUAA